AUGUCCUCCAGCGAAAGACCUAUCGUAGCUAUCACUGGCCUUAAUGGGUUCAUCGCGAUUCAUGUUGCUCUCCGAUUUCUCAAGGAAGGGUAUGACGUGAGAGGAUCAGUCAGAUCGAUAUCUUCUGCUGAGAAGAUGAAGGAUCAUCCCGUAUGGAAGGAAUGGAUCGAUCAAGGUAGAGUAGGAGUGGUGGUGGUUCCUGAUCUUACGGGUGACUUGACGGAAUUACUCGACGGAGUCGAAUCUGUCAUGCACUUGGCUGCUCCUGUCACUUUGAAUUUGAAAUCUUAUGAAGAGUUCAAAGGUCCUACUAUCCAAGGGACUCUAUCGGUACUCAAUCAAUCUACUAAAUUCAAGACUAUUAAAGCCAUCUCUUUGAUGUCUUCCAUGGCUGCCCACUUCAACCCCGUACCUAACGACCAACAAAUCGGUGCCGUUUACACCGAAGACUCGUACUUCCCUUACGAUGAAGAAACCGUUAAGAACUUUGAUCCUUCAAAUCCGUUCGCAAACGUAAUAUGGUAUUGCGCAGCUAAGAAGUACUCAGAAUUGGCCGUCAAAGAUUGGUUAAAGGAGAACAAACCUUCUUUCUCUGUUGCCUUCUUGGCUCCUCCCAUGACUUAUGGACCAUUACUUCACCUAUCGUCCGUCGCCGAAUUCAAGAACGGUGUAAGCGGAUCUCAACCUGGCUGGCUAUCACUUAUCAAGGGCAAAGACGCCGAAGUAAUGCAACCUGAAUCAACAACUUAUGCGGAUGUGAGAGAUGUCGCUGAGGCAUUCUAUCAAGCUGCUAUCAAAAGGAAGGAUGGGAUUUACCUCGUUGCUAGCGAUAUCUAUACCUAUCAGAUGUUCGCCAACGAAUUCAGAAGACAAAGACCAGACUUGGACGCCUACUUCCCAUUGGGUAAUCCCUCUGAGCCCACUCCUAGAGAACUGAACUUCUGGACCAUCGAUACCAGUAGAUCCAUCAAGGAGCUUGGCUUGAAAUACCAUACUCUUGAAGAUACGGUCAGGGUCACUCUGGAACAUUAUGAGAAGAUUGGGGUGUUCAACGAGAAACCUGGAAGCUGGGCUGAGAGAGCUUAA